GCCGGAAGCGCGGGCUGGCAGGGCGAUGGCAGCCGGGGGUCUGGGCCGCUCGGAGCGCAAGGCGGCGGAGCGGGUGCGGCGCCUGCGGGAGGAGCAGCAGCGGGAGCGCCUCCGCCAGGUGGCGCGCGUCCUGAGGAAGGCGGCGGCCGAGCGCAGCGCCGAGGAGGGCCGGCUGCUGGCCGAGAGCGCGGACCUGGUGGCCGAGCUGCAGGGCCGCAGCCGGCGGCGCGAGGGCCUCAAGCGGCGGCAGCAGGAGGUGUGCGAUGACCCCGAAGAGCUGCGCAGGAAGGUGCGGGAGCUGGCGGCCGCCGUGCGCGGCGCGCGGCACCUGGUGGUCUACACGGGCGCCGGCAUCAGCACGGCGGCCUCCAUCCCCGACUACCGGGGCCCGAACGGCGUGUGGACGCUGCUGCAGAAGGGCAGGAGCGUCAGUGCGGCCGACCUGAGCGAGGCGGAGCCCACCCUGACGCACAUGAGCAUCGCCCGUCUGCACGAGCAGAAGCUGGUGCAGCACGUGGUGUCCCAGAACUGUGACGGGCUGCACCUGCGCAGUGGGCUGCCCCGCUCUGCCAUCUCCGAGCUGCAUGGCAACAUGUACAUCGAGGUCUGCACCUCCUGCGUCCCCAACAGGGAGUACGUGCGGGUGUUUGACGUGACGGAACGCACAGCGCUGCACCGACACCAGACGGGCCGCAGCUGCCACAAGUGCGGGACGCAGCUACGUGACACGAUCGUGCACUUCGGGGAGAGGGGGACCCUGGGGCAGCCCCUCAACUGGGAGGCGGCCACAGAGGCGGCCAGCAAGGCGGACACCAUCCUGUGCUUGGGGUCCAGCCUGAAGGUUUUGAAGAAGUACCCCCGCCUCUGGUGCAUGGGCAAGCCCCCCAGCCGGCGGCCCAAGCUCUACAUCGUGAACCUGCAGUGGACCCCGAAGGAUGACGGGGCUGCCCUGAAGCUGCACGGGAGAUGCGACGAGGUCAUGCAGCUGCUCAUGGACGAGCUGGGCCUGGAGAUCCCCACGUACAGCAGGUGGCAGGAUCCCAUCUUCUCCCUGGCAACUCCCCUGCGAGCGGGCGAGGAGGACAGCCACAGCCGGAAGUGCCUGUGCCAGAGCCCCGAGGAGGCCGCACCUGGGGACCGGGGUGCCCCCGUCCUGGGGGGCUGGUUCGGCAGGGGCUGUGUCAAGCGGGCCAAGCGCAGGAGAGUGACAUAACCCGGGCAGAGGAGGACCCGGGCCCUGCCGAGGAAGACCCCGAGCAGAGGAGGACCCCCAGGCCCAAGGAGGACCCAGGGCACAGGAGGACCCCCAGCCCGAGGAGGACCCAGGGCACAGGAGGACCCCCAUGCCCGAGGAGGACCCAGGGCACAGGAGAACCACCA